UAUCAAUAUUUGAUGACCUUAUACUUUGCCAUUGAUGAAAUCAAUAAGGACACCCACCUUCUUCCCAAUGUUACCUUGGGUUUCCACAUCUAUAAUGCCUUUAAUUUUCACCCAAGAACUUUGGAGGGACCUCUAAUGUGGCUGUCUGGAAGGAAUGAAUUUAUCCCUAACUACAAAUGCAAAACUCAAUACAAAGCUCUUGGAAUAAUUUCAGGAACUAGGAGUGAAUAUUCUGCUGGUAUUGGAACUCUUUUGGAGCGCUACAAAAUUCCACAAGUAAGUUUUGCUUUGCUUCUUCAGGUCACCUAUGGACCUUUUGAUUCCAUGCUCAGUGACAAAGAUACAUUCCCAUCCCUUUAUCAGAUGUCUCCUAAGGACACAGCUCUAACCCAAGGGGUGAUCUCUGUAUUGCUGCACUUUGGCUGGAAGUGGGUGGGGGUCAUUGUGUCUGAUGAUCUGAAGGGAAUGGAGUUCCUCUCUCACCUGAAAGUAGAGAUGUUAUCAGAAGACAUCUGUGUGACUUUUACAAAAAGCCUCAAAACAAAUUUGAAGGUACAGUUUACAUCUGGUGUUGCAUUGGCGAAUUUGAACCACCAUCCACAAGCAAAUGUGAACAUAUUCUAUGGUGAUAUAGAUGACUUGCUGUAUUUUUGUUUGGAAAAUAAACUUCUGUCAAGCAGAAGGAAGGUGUGGAUCAUGGCGAAGCUCCAUUUAGUAUACUUAGAGUCUGUAUUCUUUAAGAGGAAGGAUUUGAUAAACUUUUUCACAGGAAGCUUACUAUUUUCCAAGAAGAGAAAUAUCCCUGGUUUCAAGAACUUUCUUGAAUCACUUACACCCUCCCACUACCCAGGAGAAUUUUACUUCUAUAAAUUCUGGAUUGACAAGUUUGAUUGCGCACCUCCUGAUUUGCUAUGUGGAAGUAAUAAACCCUGCCCACUAAAUAUUACUCUGAAAAUUAAAGAAGGAGAAAAUGAUCUAAGGAUCCCUUCUGAGGCCAGCUAUUCCAUAUGGAAUACAGUGUAUGCAGUGGCCCACGCCAUUCAUAAUAUGUUUUUGAGAAAAACAGAAAUAGGAUCUCAUGAAGACAAAAAUCAUGACAGGUUUCUUCCUUGGCAGCUGCAUCCAUUUCUGAGGAAAAUCCAAUUUACCAACACUGCUGGGGACCAAAUAAGUUUUGAUGAACAUAAGAAUCAUAUGGAAAUGUAUGAAAUACAAAACUUCAUGAAAUAUACUAAGCAGCAUUCAUUUCUAGUUAAAGUCGGAGAGUUUGCCUCCAAGAGUCCACAAGAUCAAAGCUUAUUUAUCAAUGAAUCUCUGAUUAAAUGGCCAAACAAUUUUAAUCAGACUCCUCAGUCUGUAUGUACCCAGAGCUGUGGUCCAGGGUUCUGGAAAAUUCUACAAGAAGAAAGGCCUGUCUGCUGUUUUUCUUGUGUGCCUUGUCCAGAGAAGCACAUUUCCAACCUAACAGAUCAGCCGAAGUGUAUUGCUUGCCUGAUUCAAGAAUACCCAAACCCUGAGAGAAACCACUGUCUGCCUAAAUCAGCGACCUUCCUGUCCUUUGAGGAUCCUCUGGGCAUGUCUUUGGCCUGCAUGGCUCUGGGCUUCUCUGUCAGCACAGCUGCAGUUUUGGGGAUCUUUCUCAAGCAUCAAGACUCACCCAUCAUUAAGGCCAAUAACCUUACUCUCAGUUACAUUCUGCUGAUCUCCCUCCUCCCCUGUUUUCUAUGCUCCUUUCUUUUCAUUGGCCACCCAAACACAGUCUCCUGCAUACUGCAACAAAUAACAUUUGCACUUGUUUUCACAUUGGCUCUUUCUACUGUUUUGGCCAAAACCAUAACUGUAAUUCUGGCUUUUAGGGCCCUGAAACCAGGAAGAACAAUGAGAAGGUUGUUUGUUUUAGGCAUCUACAAUGCUGUUAUCCCCAUCUGUGUCCUGAUCCAACUUAUUAUCUCUGGCAUCUGGCUGGCAACCUCGCCACCCUAUAUUGACACAGAUUCAUACUCUGAACAUGCUCAUAUCAUCAUUUUAUGCAACAAGGGCUCAGUUACUGCAUUCUAUUGCAUGCUGGCAUACUUAGGGACACUGGCCCUAGGGAGCUUCACUGUGGCUUUCCUGGCAAGAAACCUUCCUGACACAUUCAAUGAAGCCAAGUUCCUGACAUUCAGUAUGGUGGUGUUCUGCAGUGUCUGGGUCACCUUUGUCCCUGUCUACCAGAGCACCAAGGCCAAGGCCAUGGUGGCUGUGGAGGUCUUUUCCAUUUUGGCCUCCAGUGCAGGGUUGCUAACAUGUAUCUUUUUCCCUAAGUGCUACAUUAUUCUAAGAGAACCUGAUAAGAACAAUUUGAGAUGUUUUAAAAACAAAAGACAUUGUAUAAAAAAAUGA